AUGUCCUCAACUAAAGAGGUAGUUACUAGUACUGACUAUAUAUUACUAUUCUCAUCACUGUUAGAUAUAAAGUUAUUAUCAUAUUUAUCAAAUAAAAAGAUGAUAAAUAUAAAUGAUUUAAAAUCCUCAUCUCAUUCAAAAGUUACCUCAAACGGCAUAACUACUUUGACAAAUUCUUCAUCAAUUGAUUUAUUCAAUAUUUGUCAUACAAAUUGUAUCAGUGAAUCAUUUUCUCCCAAUACAUUAAAUCAAAAUACAAUAAAAGAAGAAAGUUUUUCUAUGAAUGAUGAUACAUUAACAACUAAAAAAAAUUUCUUAUCUAACAAAGAAUAUCUAUUAACAUUUAACGACUCUAAUAAAGAAUUAAAAGACUCUGGAAGUUAUCUUCAAUAUUAUAUUGAUUCUAAUAAAUUUGCAAAAACAAAUUCAGCUACAAUUAUGGGUACUCAAAGUUCUGGAAAAAUUUAUAACCCAUUAAGAAAAAUUGUUAGUCAAAAUAGGCGACGUUAUAUUUGUGAUGAUUUCAAUUUAGAUUUAACAUAUAUAACAGAUCGAAUAAUAGCUAUGGGUUAUCCAGCUGAACAUUCAGAAAAAUUUUAUCGUAAUAGUAUGGAAGAUACAAAAAAUUUUUUAGAACAAUAUCAUUCUAAACAUUAUCUUGUUUUUAAUUUACGUGGACAAUUUAGAUAUGAUGAAAAAAAUUUUGAUAAUAGGGUUAGAAUAUUUCAAAUGACUGAUCAUCAUCCACCAAAAUUAGAAUUAAUGGCACCAUUUUGUAGAGAAGUACAUAAAUAUUUACAAGAAGAUCCUAGAAAUAUUGUUGCUGUACAUUGUAAAGCAGGUAAAGGUCGAACAGGUGUUAUGAUAUGUGCUUAUCUUGUUUAUAUAAAUUUUUAUGAAUCACCAAGAAAAAUUAUGGAAUAUUAUAGUGUUAUAAGAACAAUGAAUAAUAAAGGUGUUACUAUACCAUCACAACGAAGAUAUGUAUAUUAUUUUCAUCAUCUUCGUCAAAAAAAUCUUAAUUAUUUUCCAUUAAGAAUUGAAUUAGUUGGUAUUUAUAUAGAAAGACCACCUAGAUCUGAUACUAAAUUUACAAAAGGUUUAUUAAAAAUAAGAGUUGCUGAUAGAGAUAUAGAAGUAUUUUGUGGUAAAGGAUUUUCAUUUAAAGGUAAAGCAGCAGAUGAAGAAGAAGAAAUGUGGAAAACAUAUCCAUCAUCUAUUGGUGAUGAUCAAUAUAAUCCUUUUAAUCCACAAGAUGGUAAUGAUAUUAUUUCACGUCGUUGUUAUGGAUGGACUGUUAAUAAAUCAGGUAAAAGAAUAUUUUUAGAAGGUGAUAUAAGAAUUGAUUUAUUUUGUGAACCACAAGUUAAAAUAAUUGGUUAUAAAAAAGAUGACAUUAAAAUUGGUCAUAUAUGGUUUAAUACAUUAUUUACCUGUCCAGGAUAUUGUGGUGGUAAUUAUAUACAUGGUGAUGAAUAUUAUACUUAUCCUAAUAAUAAAUCAGAUUUAGUAAAAGAAGUAUUAAAACCAAUAAAUAAAAAUAAUUUAGAUAAAGAUAUAGAACAUAAAUCAUUUAGUACACCAUCAAUACCAAAUUCAAAUAAUUUUAUUGAAAAUGUAGAUGAUAAAAAUAAUAAUUCUGAUAAUAUAGAUAAUGAAUUUGGUAAAGUUACAUCUAAAAUUGGAAUAUCACUUAAUAAAGUUAAACAAAAAUUUAGUAAAAAAAAUGAAAAUAUUCCAUCAUUAACAUCUAAAAAUAAUAAAUUAAAAUAUGGAAGAAAAAGUUUACCUGAAACAUCAACUGAAGAUAAAAAUAUAAUAAAAUAUAAUGAUGAUAUAGAAUAUAAAAAAAUUCUUGAAGUUGAAAAACCACCUGGUUUAGAUAGUCAUUGCCCAGAAGAAUCAUUGUCAUUAAUAUAUAAUGGAAAUCGUAAAGCACCUAGAAAUUAUAUUGAUAAAAUGCUUAAAGAAGCAUAUGAAAAAAAUUUAAUUGUUGAUAAAUAUAAUGAACGGAGAUUAUCAAUUUUGACAGAUGGUAAAUUAAUUCCAAAAUCAAUUGAAGGUGAACCAAAUGGUGAUGGACCUUAUUGUUUAAAAAGAAAAAAAGAUGAACAUGUUCAAAUAUAUAAUGUUAUUGAAGUAGAUACAGCAUAUAAAAAUAAAGCAAUUGAUGAUGGAUUUAAAUUAAUAGUUGUUACAAGAUGUAUUGAUACAGAAAAUAAGGAAGAAGUUGAUAUGGCAGAUCAAUUUAUAAAUGAAACAUAUAGAAAACAAAGAGAACGUGAUAUAAGAAAAAAUAAUAAAAGAAAAUCAUCUUAUUCAGUAAAUUCAAAUAAUGUAUACGGUGUAUAUGAUGAAAAUUUUGAAAAAAAUAAGUUUGAUGAUCAAAUAUUUAAGGAUGAUCCACGUUUAGAUGAUGAAUAUCAUAGAAGAUAUUUUUUUAGACAAAGAUGUGAUUCACUAUCACGACAUCCUGAAGUACAUUAUCAUUGUCCUUUAAAAAAAUAUAUUUCAAAAGAAUGUGUUAAUGGAAAAUGUGAUGUUAAAAGUAAAGUAGAUUCAAAUGAAAUAUCAAAAAAUUAUAUAACAUCUAAUGAUAUUAAAAAUGAUAAGAAUGAAGAAAAAAAUGGUGAUAUAAAUAAAACAUCAAAAAUAAAAAGUAUAUGCGAUGAACGUUCAAAUAUUUUUUAUGAUGAUUAUGAUGAAGAAUGGAGUGAAUUUGAAAAUAAUGAUAAUUUAAUUACACAAAAAAGUGGAAGGACAAGAACAAUGAUUCCAGCAACUGCAUUAGAACAAUUUGGUACAUCAAAACCUACUUUUUCAUCACCUUCCGUAACUCCAAGAACAUCUGGUAGUUAUGAGACAGAUGAUCAAAAUAUAAAAGAAUCUAUAAAUACUAUUAAAAAAAAUUAUGAAAAAAUAAGUUUAUCUAAAAAGAGUACAUCAUCAAUAAAAAGUUCUGUAACUAGUCAUAGCGUUCAUGAAGACAUAAAUAGUUCAGAAAGUAGUUGGGCAACAUCUUCAUCUUGUUCUUCAUCAAAUAGUUUCCUUGAUAAUAGUUAUGAUCCAAGAAGUGUUAGAAGUUACGAAGAAUAUGUAGAAGGAGAUGUUACACCAAAUUACAUUGUAGAAGAAGAUUAA